UCCGUGGCCAUUUUGGCUCAAGAGCAGUUGUUCUACACCCGCCUUUGACAAGCCGCUUCGAGCAAAGCAAUGCCUUCGCCCACCUUGCGCCAGCUGUCGCACAAGGCGACGCCGCAGGGUGUCGACGCCCAAGGAGGCGUAUCUGGCAGCGUAUCUGGUGGCGACGCGGGUAUGCCCGCUACCAGCAGCGACGACCCGUUCAUGAUGGGGGAGCAGACGUCGAUCACGACCGCGGGCGCAGCCGAGGCUCCGCACCCGAGCGGCACCGAGGCCCCCCCUCGCCCCGCGCACGCCGCGGACGAGGCGGAGGGCACCGCCCCCCUGCCGGACAGCGCGGGGCAGGCGGGGGAGCCGAAGGCCCCGCUCCCGAGCGGCGCCGAGGCCCCGCGCCCGCCCGACGCCGCGGGCGAGGCGGAGGGCGCCGCCCGGCUGCUAGGCGGCGAGGAGCAGGGGGAGUCGAAGGCUCCGGUUCCGGCCGGCCCCGCGGUCUUGGCCUCGGCGUGGGGCAGCCAGGCCAGCAGGGCGACCCUGCGGGCCAGCGGCUCGCUGGCCAGCUCCGCGGAGGAGGACGACGAGGAGUUGGAGAAGCAGCCCUGGUGCUGGGCGUGCAAGCAGCACUGCGGCAAGGGCAAGGGCGGCUGGUGCUACUGGCUGUUCGUCCUCUCGUUCCUGUCCAUGCUGUUCCUGUUCCCUCUCUUCCUGAAGUGGAUGAUAACCGUGCCUAUGCCGCUAGAGUACUGGAACCAGCUCUUCCCGGAGUUCCCCGUACUGUCAGACCAGACGUUCGUCCAGGAGCACAAAGUGUCGGGCUACAGCGUGGACAUUUCCCCUAUUCCAACCACGUGGAGCGGCUGCAACCACACUUGCGGCGCGGCGGGUGGAUUCCUUCAGACCAGCGAAAUGAAUUUCCAAGUCGACAUGUCUCUUGAGGCCCCGGGCUACGACCACACCGUGUACCCGGUGCUCUUCGCGUCUAACGACUUCCAGAAGUGGUGGUUGGCUGCCGACAGAAGGCACGCGGAGCCCCAGCCCUACUUCGCGGGCGUUUCCUCAGAUGACGUGGGGCACAGGUACGUAACCGAGCAGUGCACUCACCCGCACCACCUGGACGACACUACGACAACCAGCGGCACUGUUUCGGCACCGUCGAUGGACACAUAUGCGACUAGCCCUACCUACGUGCUCGUCUGUGUGGCUUGGGAUGUUGAGAAGCUGCGCUUGCACGAGGAGGCGGAGGACGCCGAGAACUACGAUCUCAGUAAGGAGGACCUGGCCACGAUGUGCAACGCAGUCGGUGGCGUUGCUGGCUGGCCCUGCGGCAAGAACCCGGGCGCUGCUGCCUUGCCGGGCGUGCGUGCUGACGGGGUGAUCCAGGUGGACCCCCCCAGCGGCACGGUGGCAGGCGUCCUUGUGAACAAUUCCCACUUCGAAGGCGAGGCUUCCAUCCACGCCUGCCUCAGCUCCCCGGAUCAUGCCGAGUGCGUGGCCUCCACGCUCAGAAUGUCAGACUGGCCGUGCCAGCAGUGCGUGGACGUCGAAGAGAAGCAGUGCGAACCAGGCCCACAGUGCUUGCAGACCGAUCGCAAGCCCAUUGUCACGCUCAACAUGUACGACGGCUAUCCACAGCUCGAGAUUCAACUGAAAGGGAUGCCCACCGAUGAGGUGAGGCGCGGGUCGGUGCCGAGGGCCUUUGUGAUGACGUCCCCGCUGCACUAUGCGGGCCAGGAGGCAUGGGGCCCCUGGGGCCUGACGGACGGGGGCACCUGGAGGAAGCUCUACGAGCCGCACAAGUACUAUGUCGACAACAGCAACAACGAGCUGGAGCGAGCCCCGCCGCGCCCUUACGUCGCCUACCUGGCCGAGCUGGAGGGCGACUCCGACGAGGCCGAGUACACCGGGGGGGGCGAGUCCGAGGCCAGGCGCCUCGCGGCGUCCGCGGGCGAGGCGAUGGGCGAGCUCGCGGGGUCGCUGGCCCAGUUCGCCCGGAGGCUCAGCCGGCGGGGUGACGAGGACGAGGAGGAGGAGGAGGAGGAGGCCAUGAGCGACCAGCCGGAGGACACGACGCCCUACGUCCCCGAGGAGGACAGCGCGCGCAACAAGAUGGAGUUCUACCAGCGCAACCGCGUCUCGCUCCAGCCCAGCUGGUGCUUCGGGGAGCGAGGGCCCCUCUACCUCGUGGCGUGCGCCGCGAACGAGAGCACCUUCGCGGGCGGCUUUUCGCUCGGCGAGGGCCAGGCCAUCGCGCCCCCGCCGUUCAACGACCGCUGCCUGGCCGUCUCGGGCCGUUGCGCCUACGCCUGCAUGGAGCAGCAGUCGCCCAGCAUCGAGUACUGCGACGCGAGCGGGAGAAUCGAUUGGAGCAUGCUCACUGAGAACUUCGAGCCUCCAUCUAACAGCGGCGUAGAGGUAAACAUCUUCAUUUGGAUGCUCCUCUUCGGCUUUGCUGUCAAGGUGGUGACCUUUUUCCCUGGCCUGUUCGUGCCUUACAAGGCGGCGAGGUAUUACGAGCAGCAGCAGACGGAUCAGUUCAAGUACAUAUCGGUGGUCUGUCCGACCAGCAGCGAGACGAAGGCAUGCGUUUUGCGCAACCUCGUCGGUGCCAUAUCCAGCAUGCCCAGCAGCUGUCGCUGCCCCUUUAACGUGGUGGUCAUGGACGAGGGGCACCGCCAUCCGCAGAAGGUGAUGUUCCGGGCGUUUGCCGAGGUGUUGGACAAGAUUCCAGACGCGAAGUUUGGAAGUGGCAAGGGAUCUCGUUCUCCGAGGGCCUCGAAGGAGAGCCUCAAGGAGAAGAACGUGAGGGCCUUCGCGAAGGAGUGGGUGGAGCUGACCAGGAGCUGCAAGUUGGAGGACUGCAACACCGACAACAUUGCCAAGAAGAUCAAAGAGUUGUCGCUGUCGGACGACAGCAGUGAUGAGAUCAAGAAGCUUAACGGUAAGCUGGACAACCUCUGCGGCAAGAAGGCGUUGCAGGUUUUGCAAGAACGCAGCGGCUGGCCGAAGGCCAAGGACGGCAGCGGGGCCGCGAACCCCGAGAUCGAGCAGCUGGAGGCCGCAAUCGUGCAGCUGCGCAGGGAGUUGGUCGUGGGUGAGAGGACCUUUGACACCUGCUACGAGAAUGCGAAGCCGGUGCACCUGGACGACUGCGAGGCCCGCGCCUGGGUGCCGAAGUCGACGGCGGAGAGCCGGAGGCCCCGGCCUCUGUACAUCCUGCAUUACGUCGCGCGAGCGAAGCCAGACGAGGACGAGCGGACACUUAAGACACAGCACGUCGCCCGCGGCUGCUGGUACUACAAGGUGCCCAUGGACGACGAGAAGAGGGGCAAGAAGAGCUGGCUCGACUGGCGUAGGUAUGCCAAGGAGUACGAGGACGGGGACUUCGACGCCAACAGGUACAUCGUGCCCGUCAGCACGAGCCGCGGCAAGGCGGGCGGCCUCAACUUUGUGGAGAACUACCUCUUCCACUACUACCUGCAGGUCGAGGAGCGGGACCCCGUCCUGGACGAGGCCACGGGCGAAGUCACGAUGCAGAUCAAGCCGUCUUUGUUCAGCAUCGCCGACGCGCGCCACCAGUACCAGCCGAACUUCUUCCACGAGACGCUGCCCUUCUUCUUUCUCAAGGGGCAGGCGCAGGUCAACCCAUGGGUGGCCUUCACCCAGAGCCCACCGUUCUUCCCGGAGCAGGAGGACGAGCAGGACUACCUGGAUUCGAACAACUCGAACUUCUUCCGCCUGCACUGCAUGCUGCGGAAUUGCUGUGGCGGGGUGAGCUCCAAGGGGACAAACGGCACCUGGCUCAUCAAGGACCGCCGCAUGGGCAUCAAGGGUACCAGCAGCAUUUGGGACAUGAGCUCCAAGAAGAAAACACGCGGGAAUUUCCACGAGUUGGUGGAGCACCGGUUCUUCCGUGAGAGCUGCAAGGUUGAGGAUUUGGCCACGAGUUUGGACGUGAUGGUCCAGGGCAAGCAUUCGCAGUACAUCAACAGGCGCCUUUCUUACGGGAUGGCGAAGGACCCAAUCCAUUAUUUGGCAGGGGUGCAGCGCCAGACUGAGGGCGGAGUCGUUCUGGCGCUGCAGACGUUCUUCCGGAAGAAGGAGGGGACUCCCAUGGUUUGGAUGGCUUUCUGCGUCUUCACGCUGUUUGUCGCCUCUCUGGCCAACCUCAUGUAUGGCCAGGGCACGCGCGGCUUCCUUCGGAUGCUCGGAGGUGGGAGCGGGCUCGAAGGUGCCCUCGACCUCGCGAGGGGCCAGGCCGACUGGCUGAUCCAGCAAGGUCUGGCUGCGUCCACUGAGCAGGAGGCGUGGGCGACCGUCAUAUUGGACACGCAGAUCUGGGUGGCACUAGUGCUGGGCUUCUUGCUGCUGCUGGUACUGUCCAGCAGCCUCUCCUACGUGCUGCACCACUGCACCUGCGGAGGCAAACGACGCAAGGUCCGCCGCACGCGCUUCCCCACCAGCAUGGCGCAGUGGGCGCGGUUAUUGAUCCUGCUGGACAGCCUGACGUACUAUUUGUGGUUCUGGACGGCCUUCUUCUGGAUCGGAUUAAACUACUACACGGUCUUCCAGCAAAGAACCUACCACUUCGAGGCAAAGCCCAUGACGUUUUUCUCUUGGGCCCUGCAGUUUCUGAGUUGGGCGAUGGUCAUCUUUGCGACAGCGCGCUAUCGGAUGGACCAGAGCAUGCAGGCCAACGAGGUUUUCUUUUUGAGCCUUACGAACCUGUGGCGCACCACGCAGCUAUUCUACAUCACCGCCCCGCUGACGCUGUUCUCCAUUGCCACUGGCUGCGGCGAGUUCUCCCGUCACAGGAUGUUGGGCGUUGAUAUCAGUUACUGGUCGGCAGGCGAUCGCGGUUCAAUCUCGACCACCAUCACGAAGUGGUGGACUUUGUUAUUGAUGUUUGGUGCCAUUGCGGUGAAUCUCAUUUAUUGGUUCGACUUGCUGUCUUUUGUAGACCCUAUAUCCGUGCUUAUCGUGAGCGUCAUUGGUCUCGAUGUGGUGCACAUCUGCGCAUUCUUGUGGCUGGGCAACAAGAACGAGGCUCUGCCGAAACCACCGCCCUCCUCGUUGCCCAAUUGGCAGUGGUGCAUUGCUCGCUUCUUCCAGCUGCUCUUCAGCAUGAACUUCUACCGCAACUCGCUGCGAGGCUUAGUGUUCAGCUCGAAUUUCGUGCUUCUGCUGCAGUGGGUUGGCCCCCUGCAGCAUGUUGUGUUUCCCCUACUCAUCCCCUUCAAGCCUGAGCUGGGCGUCAACCAGGCUCUCCUGCUCCUCAUUGCAGGCAAGUGAGGAGGACUGCGCGAGACCAUCGUGAUCGUAGACUGUGGCCUUCGCGUUGCAACUGCCAGCGCGAAAUCCGAUCGGAUGGAUGAUCUGCAGUGCGUGCACAUUAAUCCGCCGUAUUCUCCUGCUUGAGAUCCAAAGUGAGUUCAUUGUGCAGAUGAUUUUGUUACCCGUGCGCGAUGAGGCCAGCUCUUGUGACUACCAGAAAGUGUAGCGCCAGUUUUCAUGCCGCCAAUUCGGCAACACAAGGUUGUCGAUGUCGUUGCCCCCACUGCCCAGGACGGGUCCUGCGCGAUAACCAUUAUCAUCAGCAG